GUGGACGCACGUUAUGAAUGCUGACAAGUAUAAUGCAGUGGUGGUUUGUGAUAUCGAUGAAGCAAAGCAAAAAUUGAAAGUGGGGGGAACAGGAGCUUGGAUAGUUGAUCAGAUCAAAGGAAAGGAAUAAGAUCACUACAUGUCAUAAAAAAGGAGGAAGAAAGCAGUAGAGUCGAGAUUGCAGCCCCGAAAAGAGCUGGACGGCAGCUUGACAUCAAAGCAAUAUCCGGGAAACAAAGAAAUAUGAAGUAGCUCUACAUGAAUGAAGUAGCUCUCACUCGCAAAAGUGUUGGUGACCCCUGAACUACAAUAUACUUAAAGAAGGUACUUAGAAUCUACGUGGAUGCUGUCAUCAAAACAGAUCAACAGGUGGCGCUAAUGUGCGAUCAGACAUUUGCAAACCACCGUUCAGGAAGAAGCCGAAGUACUACGACCUUUCACCCUGUGAGGAAAAAUGGCUGCUUCUUUCCAAGUCGUUGUCAGGGCAGUGUUCCGCAUCUCGCCUUCAUAUUUAUAUCCAUUGCGACAAUGUCAGGGGACAUCUGCAAGGUGUCGUCCAUCACUUGGGUCCUUUGCACCCCCAAGCCACUCCUUCUGCCAAGCAGCGACACUCCAGGAUGAUGUUGCUGCUCCGAGCCAGGAAACCGAGGCACUGUCUCGCUACAAAGACAGGCCAUGGGAUUACCUGGAGAGUGAAGAGUAUAUUGAGAGGUAUGGAGCCAAUCCAGUGUGGGCAGGUUACAGGAGGAACCACAAAGGAGGCAUCCCCCCACAGAAAACUCGCAAGACCUGUAUUAGAGGAGACAAGAUAUGUGGAAACCCCUGUCCAAUAUGCAGAGAUUCAAACGUCGUGAUUCAUCAUCAGAAUGUGAAGCUGUUGCAGCAGUUCAUCAGCGCCCACACUGGGAUGGUGUAUGAUCCCACUCAAACUGGGCUGUGUAUGAAACAGCACAAGAAGCUGACUGAAGCAAUCAACGCAGCCCGAGAUCAUGGCCUUCUUCCCUUUCGGAUUCCCUAUGUGGACUUUGCAGGUGAAGAUUACUCGAAUUGCCACCACGCCGUGGGCUUCACACCGCCCGCGCCGCCUUUGAAGUCGGGCGACGACUGGUACAAAUGGUACGGAGAAAUAACGCCGGAUCAGAACGAAGUCGCCAAAGUCAGGAAGACUUAUAAGGCUUAUCUAAAGCCAGGGGUGUGAUGCCAUUUCUACAUGCUCCGUUGGCGAUAUAGUCAAAUCAUCAUGUGAAUCCAUGACAUUGUAAUCACAGAUGUGAAUAGAACACAAUAAAACAGAGGUGGAAAAUGA